CCCGGCUUUCAGGCUUCUGUGGAAGCGGGACCGGUUAGCACGUUACGGGCGUGUGCCCUGAAGUCAGGAGGCCGUGACUUGCCUUAGUUUUUCCAUCGACAGAAUGGCUGGUAAUGGUUAUAAGUAGUAAACGAGGCAACGGAUAAAGGAAACGCUUAGCAUGACGCUUGGUACAUAGUAAAUGUAAUUUAACUGAAGAAGGCUUUGGUCAAAAUGGUUUCCAAAAGAAGACUCCCAACAUCUGAGGAUAGAGGGAGCCUGACAGAAGAUGCCUCUAAAGCCAGGAAACAGCCACUUUCCAAAAAGACAAAGAAAUCUCAUGUUCAUAAUGAAGUUGAAGAAAAUGACAGUGUCUUUGUAAAGCUUCUUAAGACAUCAGGAAUUACUCUUAAAACAGGAGAGAGUCAGAAUCAACUAGCUGUGGAUCAAAUCGUUUUCCAAAAGAAGCUCUUUCAGACUCUGAGGAAACAUCCUUCUUAUCCCAAAAUAGUAGAAGAAUUCGUUAGUGGCCUGGAGUCUUACAUUGAGGACCAAGACAGUUUCAGGAACUGCCUUUUGUCUUGUGAACGUCUGCAGGAUGAGGAAGCCAGCAUGGGCACAUCUUACUGUAAGAGCCUCAUUAAAUUGCUUCUGGGGAUUGACUUAUUACAGCCUGCCAUUAUCAAAAUCUUAUUUGAAAAGUUGCCAGAAUUUCUUUUCAAAAACGUGAACAGUGAUGGACUCAACAUGCCUCGACUCAUCAUCAAUCAACUGAAGUGGCUUGACAGAGUUGUGGAUAGUAAGGAUCUCACCACCAAGAUCAUGCAGCUGAUCAGUAUUGCUCCAGUGUACCUGCAGCAUGACUUUGUCACCAGCCUACCUGAGAUCCUAGGGGAUUCCCAGCAUGCUGAUGUGGGGAAAGAACUCAGUGACCUUCUAACAGAGAAUACUCUGCUCACUGUCCCCAUCCUGGAUGUCCUGUCUAGUCUCCGACUUGAGCCAAAGCUCCUGACUAAGGUCCGCAAGUUAGUGAUGGGUAAGCUGUCAUCUGUCAUGUUGGACGAUUUACCUAUGAUCAUCAAGUUCAUUCUUCAUUCCAUAACAGCCACGGAUGCACUUGAGGUAAUUUCUGAGCUUCGGGAGAAUUUGGAUCUGCAGCAUUGUAUUUUGCCAUCAUGGUUGCAGGCUUCUCAAAGCAAGUUGAAAAAUAAAGGACAAACGAGUUCUUCAGGAAAUCAAGAAAACAGCGGUCAAGACUGUGUUAUUCUUCUCUUUGACGUAAUAAAGUCAGCUGUUAGAUAUGAGAAAAUCGUUUCAGAAGCCUGGAUUAAGGCAAUUGAAAACACCACCUCAGUGUCGGAACACAAGCAGAUUCUUGACCUGGCAAUGCUCUUCAUCAUCUAUAGCACCAACACUCAGACAAAGAAGUACAUUGAGAGGGUGCUAAGAAAUAAGAUUCGAUCAGGCUGCUUUGAAGAACAGCUGCUACAGAGUACAUUCUAUGUUCAUUACGUGGUUCUUAAGGAUAUUUGUCCAUCCAUUUUGUCACUGGCGCAGAGUUUGUUGCACUCCCUAGACCAGAGCAUAAUUUUGUUUGGCAGUCUCAUAUACAAAUAUGCAUUUAUCUUUUUUGACACUUACUGCCAGCAGGAAGUGAUUGGUGCCCUAGUGACCCAUAUCUGCAGUGGGAACGAAGCUGAAGUUGAUACUGCACUGGAUGUCCUCCUAGAGUUGGUACUUCUAAACCCAUCUGCUAUGAGGCUGAAUGCUGUCUUUGUGAAGGGCAUUCUAGACUAUCUGGGUAAUAUGUCACCCCAGCAAAUACGAAAACUCUUCUAUAUUCUCAGCACACUGGCAUUUAGCAAACAGCAUGAAGCCAGCAGUCACAUCCAGGAUGACAUGCACCUGGUGAUACGAAAACAGCUCUCUAGCACCACGUUCAAGUACAAGCUCAUUGGUAUUAUUGGUGCUGUCACUAUGGCUGGCAUCAUAGCGGCAGACAGAAGUAGAUCUUCCAGUUUGACCCCAGGGAGAGGAGACCUCAGCAGUGAACAGUGUACACAGGUGACCUCCUUGCUACAGUUGGUUCAUUCCUGCAGUGAGCAGUCUCCUCAGGCCUCUGCACUUUAUUAUGAUGAAUUUGCCAACCUGAUCCAAGGCAGAAAGCUGGCUCCAAAAGUGCUGGAAUGGGCUGGGCAAACCAUCUUUAAUGAUUUCCAGGAUGCCUUUGUGGUGGACAUCUGUGUUGUUCCAGAAGGUGACUAUCCAUUUCCCGUGAAAGCUCUCUACGGACUAGAAGACUAUGAUAGUUGUGAUGGGAUUGCCAUCAACCUCCUGCCACUGUUGUUCUCUCAGGACUUUGUGAAAGAUGGGGGUAGACUGACUUCGCAGGAAUCAGACCAAAAAUUGGUUUCUCCGUUGUGCCUGGCUCCCUACUUCCGGUUACUGAGACUUUGUGUGGACAGACAACAUAAUGGAAACUUGGAGGAGAUUGAUGGUUUAUUAGACUGUCCUAUAUUCCUCACUGACCUGGAGCCUGGAGAGAGACUGGAGUCCAUGUCUGUUAAAGAGCGUUCAUUCAUAUGUUCACUUAUAUUUCUUACUCUCAACUGGUUCCGAGAGGUUGUAAAUGCCUUCUGUCGGCAAACGUUGCCUGAGAUGAAGGUGAAGGUGCUCACCCGAUUAAAGCACAUUGUAGAGCUGCAGCAACUCCUGGAAAAGCACUUGGCAGUCACUCCAGACUAUGUUCCUCCGCUUGCAAACUUUGACUUGGAAACUUCAGAAGUAACACCUCAUACCAGUGCUGCUGUUUCAGCAAAAAUCAGAAUACAAGGAAAUUUAGGAGGAAGGAAACGAAAAGCAGAUGGCAGCAAAAUAUCCUCCCCUGACCCACUUUCAAAGGAGGAUAAUUCAGAAUGCGACCCUGCACCAUCUGAUAGGAGCCCGCUGGAAAAGGAGUUCAGAGGGAAAGAAGAAAAGACAUCAGUAUCGUUACAGAAUUACCACGCUUUUUUCCGAGAACUGGAUCUUGAGGUCUUCUCUAUUCUGCAUUGUGGGCUCGUGGCCAAGUUCAUCUUAGAUACUGAAAUGCACACUGAAGCUACAGAAGUUGUACAGCUUCAGCCCCCUGAGCUGCUUUUCUUGCUGGAAGAUCUCGCCCAGAAGCUGGAGAACAUGCUAACACCUUCUGUGACCAGGAGAUUCCCCUUCCUCAAGAGCAAAGGAAACCGGAAUAUUGGAUUCUCACAUCUCCACCAGAGAUCUGCCUCAGAAAUCGCUCAUAGUGUUGUUCAACUGCUGAGCCCCAUGUGUAACCAUCUGGAGAACAUUCACAACUAUUUUCAGUGCUUAACUGCUAAGAAUCAUGGUGUAGUUGAUGGACCAGGAAUUAAAGGUCAGGAGUACCACAUAAUGUCUUCCUGCUAUCAGAGGCUACUGCAGAUUUUACAUGGACUUUUUGCUUGGAAUGGAUUUUUUCAACCUGAAAAUACUAAUUUACUGUACUCAGCCCUUGAGGUCCUUACUAACCGACUGAAGCCGGGAGAGCCUGACCAAGCCUUGGAGGAGCUGCUUAGCCAGAGCUUCCAUUACUUGCAGAAUUUCCAUCUCAGCAUUCCCAGUUUCCAGUGUGCUCUUUAUCUCAUCAGACUUUUGAUGGUCAUUUUGGAGAAAUCUACAGCUCCUACUCAGAACAAAGGAAACAUUGCUUCCCUGGCCAGACAGUUCCUUUGUCGGGUGUGGCCAAGUGGGGAGAAAGAGAAGAGCGGCAUUCCUAAUGACCAGCUCGAGGCUUUGCUUAGCAUCUACCUGGAGCACACAGACGGUGUUCUGAAGGCCAUAGAGGAGAUCGCUGGUGUUGGUGUCCCGGAACUGAUCAACUCUCCUAAAGAGGCGUCUUCCUCCACAUUCCCUACACUGACCAGGCACACGUUUGUCAUUUUCUUCCGUGUGAUGAUGGCUGAGCUAGAGAAGACAGUGAAAGGUCUUCAGGCUGGAACAGCAGCAGACUCGGAGCGGAUUCAUGAAGAGAAGCUCCUCUACUGGAACAUGGCUGUUCGAGACUUCAGUAUCCUCAUCAACCUGAUAAAGGUGUUUGAUAACCGUCCUGUUCUGCAUGUAUGUUUGAAGGUGAGACCGGCCCUCUUUAGUGUUUAUUCCUCCUGUGAGUCAGCUGAGUGGAAUUGCUUUAUACCUUGCCCAAAAGCCAGUCUCCAGAAUCUGUGCUAUCAGUACGGGCGUCUCUUUGUGGAAGCAUUUCUGAAGCAGUGUAUGCCUCUCCUAGACUUCAGUUUUAGAAAACAUCGGGAAGAUGUUCUGAGUUUACUGGAAACCUUCCAGUUGAAUACAAGGCUGCUUCAUCACCUGUGUGGGCAUUCCAAGAUUCACCAGGACACGAAACUCACCAGACAUGUGCCUUUGCUCAAAAAGACCCUGGAGCUGUUAGUUUGCAGAGUGAAAGCCAUGCUCAUCCUCAACAAUUGCAGAGAGGCUUUUUGGCUGGGCAAUCUCAAAAACCGGGACUUGCAGGGUGAAGAGAUUAUAUCCCAGAAUUCCCAGGAGAGCGCAGCAGAUGAGAGUGAGGAUGAUGCGUCAUCCCAGGUCUCCAAGAGCAAAGGAACAGAGGACAGUGGAGAAGAUGAAGCAAGUGAUGGAGCAAAGGAGCAAGAGAGUGAUGAGAGUGAUGAUGACUGAUUAGACCACAGAAAGAUACUCCCUCCCCAUCUCUGCCAGCUGCUUACCCUUUUGUGUUCAGGGUUUCACAUCUGCUCUCUGCCUUUCUAACUGGAAGCAUCCUAUUUUGUCCUUAAAGAAGGGUCUUUAUUGAAUCAACUUAAUUGUGGAUUUCACAGGUUGUCUACUAACAUCAAAGACCGUGGCUCAGAAUUCGAAUGUAGUGUUACUUACCAAUUUAGGCGAACAUGGCAGUGCUGUGCUGCAGAGUAGUCAUGAUUCUGAGCUUCAGGAGCUAGUUUUGAAACUCUGGAUUUAUUCUAGAAUUUAGGCUUGUACCAGUUUUACAAAUAAAUUCUGUUUUAAGUUCUACCUCA